UGUGAUCGUGGGUUUCCAUUAGACACUCUCAUCUCAUUUGAACUCAUCGUGCUUAAAAAGAAGUACUCUCACUUAUCUGGGGGUAAGCUCUUUAACUAAGAGUUAAAAAAAAAGAUGGUGAAGUUCACUAAACAGUUUGAGGGUCAGCUAGUUCCUGAAUGGAAAGACGCCUUCGUUGAUUAUUGGCAACUCAAGAAAGACAUCAAGAAACUCAACUGUGAUUCCACUGCUCCUUCAUCAAAACCUAAACAUAAAAGCUCUUUAAGCAACACCUUCUUUUCGGCAAUACAUAAACUUUCCUUAUUUGGAAAUCAGUGCAGAACACAUGAAGUCAUUCACGUUCACAGUAAACUUCAAUCGACAAACAGUAAGGGAGUUCUAUACCAAACAGAAUUGUUAGAGAAAUUUGCUGAUACUGAAGCUGCUAGUGAAUUCUUCGCACUUUUGGAUCUUCAACUUAACAAAGUUAAUGAAUUCUAUAGAAGGAAAGAGAAGGAGUUCCUCGAUAGAGGAGAAUGUCUUGAGAAACAAUUACAUAUUCUGAUAGAGCUCAAAAAUGCAAUAAAAGAUCAGCACCAAAAUAAAGCUAAUUCAUCCCACCACGACUCCAAGGAUGAAGACUCGAUAUCUGGCUCCAUUUCAUGUGAUGAAGAAUCCAGUAGGGGCAUUAUAGAACAUGAUUUGCAGGAAGAGGAAAAGAUUGCAGAAGAGCUUGAUAGUAAUGGUGUUGAAUGUGAGGACUCACCAAGAUCAGAAGAAGAUGGGAAAGUGACAAGAUCUAUACAGGAGGAGGAACAGAGUCUCUCAGGUUAUAUUAUCAAUAGCCAAGGAAAAAAGUUGAAAAUUCGCAUUCCUCUAACCAAUCCUACUCGAACAUUCUCCUACCUGCUUUGGGAAGAUUCCCUCAAUCAAUCGUCCAGAAAACACAAUGCUCAUGGAAAAAAGCUUCAUGUCAACAAAACGAAAGUCCAUCAUGCUGAAAAAAUGAUUCGAGGAGCUCUAAUUGAGCUUUAUAAAGGAUUGGGCUAUCUCCAAACUUACAGGAAUUUGAACAUGCUUGCAUUUGCAAAGAUUUUAAAGAAAUUCGACAAAGUAACAAAUAAACAGGUUCUUCCCAUCUAUCUUAAAGUUGUCGAAAGCUCCUACUUCAACAGUUCGAACGAGAUUAUGAAGCUGGCAGACGAGGUAGAAGACAUUUUCGUGAAACAAUUUGCAGAAGAUGACCGAAGGAAGGCAAUGAAAUAUUUGAAACCGACUCAGCGCAAAGAGUCUCAUGCUGUCACCUUUUUCAUAGGGUUAUUUACAGGAUGCUUCAUUGCACUGUUCGUUGGAUAUGUCAUCAUGGCUCGUACCACUGGAACAUAUACACCACAAACUAAUACAAUCUACAUGGAAACUGUCUACCCUCUUCUUAGCAUGUUCAGCCUGUUGUUUUUGCACUUUUUCCUAUACGGAUGCAACAUUUUUAUGUGGAGAAAGACACGUAUCAAUUAUAGCUUUAUCUUUGAGCUAUCGCCAACACGAGAACUAAAAUAUAGAGAUAUCUUCUUGAUAUGUACCAUGUCGAUGGCAGUUGUAGUCGGUGUCCUGUUUGUUCAUCUUUCAUUGAUGGACAAAGGGUAUUCGUACUCUCAAGUUGAAUUAAUCCCAGGCCUUCUGUUACUGGUUUUUAUGGUAUUGCUUGUCUGUCCCAUCAACAUCCUUUACAAGUCAAGCCGAUUCCGUCUUCUUAGUGUGUUAAGGAACAUCAUUUUAUCGCCUCUUUACAAGGUUGUCAUGCUGGAUUUCUUCAUGGCUGAUCAACUAUGUAGCCAGGUGCCAAUGCUCAGGAACCUUGAAUAUGUAUCGUGCUACUACAUAACUGGGAGUUACAAAACUCAAGACUAUGGAUAUUGUGUGCAGACGAAAAACUAUAGAGAUCUUGCUUAUGCCGUUUCAUUUUUGCCUUAUUACUGGAGAGCAAUGCAGUGUGCUCGAAGGUGGCUUGAUGAAGGUGACACAGGGCAUUUGAUAAAUUUGGGAAAAUACGUAUCUGCAAUGUUAGCUGCAGGAGUGAAACUUGCAUACGAAAAAGAAAAGAGUGUGGGAUGGUUAUGCAUGAUGAACUCCAAGAACCCUUGGUUAAGAAAUGAAUUGAUUCUUCGUAGGAAGUUCAUUUACUUCUUCUCUAUGGGAUUGAAUCUAGUUUUGAGGUUGGCUUGGUUACAAACUGUUUUACAUUACAAAUUUGGGAGCAUUGAUUACAGAUUGACAGGGCUUUUUUUAGCAGCCCUUGAAGUCAUUAGAAGAGGCCAGUGGAAUUUUUACAGGUUGGAGAAUGAGCAUCUUAAUAAUGCAGGCAAGUUUAGAGCAGUGAAAACAGUACCACUUCCAUUCCACGAAGUGGAUGAGGAAGGCUGAUGCAUGCGAUCAUAUAUUCCUAUGCAAAUUCUCUUCAUGAUGAUCAGUCGAUAUAUGUUUAGAAUAUGAUUCGUCGACCAAGCAACGAAUAGUUCACAUGGAACCUCUAAUUAGCUUCACAAGUUGAUGCAAUAGGAUUUUAAUUUGUUCUUCUUCAACUUUCGUGUUGUCAGUUUGUACAAAUAAUUCAUAUUUGUACACAAUUUUCUUCAUUUUAAUGGAACUCCCGAGUACCUUUUUUGCGUGUA